AUAACCCAUUCUUGCCUCAAACAAAUAGGCUGCAGCCAAAGAUGGCCCCAUCUGCAAUAUCAGGCCCUGCACAUCUCUUUAGGCUUGCUGGCAAGUGUUUCAGUUUUGUGGAAUCCACGUACAAGUAUGAGUUUUGUCCUUUCCAUAAUGUCACUCAGCAUGAGCAGACUUUUCGAUGGAAUGCCUAUAGCGGGAUUUUGGGUAUCUGGCAUGAAUGGGAGAUUGACAACAACACAUUUCUUGGAAUGUGGAUGAGGGAGGGAGACUCAUGUGAAACUAAGAGCAGACAGACAAAGGUUCAUCUUGUUUGUGGAAAGAGCAAUAAAUUGGCUUACGUUUCUGAGCCAAGUACUUGUGUUUACUCUCUGACAUUUGAGACUCCUCUUGUGUGCCACCCCCAUGCUCUGUUAGUUUAUCCGACUCUGACUGAAGCCCUGCAGAGGAAGUGGGAUGAAGCAGAGCAGCUUCUCUAUGAUGAACUAAUAACUGAGCAG